UGCUGGCUGCGCCCGAUUUCAAAUCCAAACUCCGGUGCCCGCAUCCCUCCUCCGGUCCUCCCCUUCCGCCUCUCCUCUUCAUCCUCACAGCCGCCGCCAAGCACGCACCAACCUUUCCCAGCUAUCGCGCACACGCCGCCAUCACAUGCGCCGUGCCUCCGCGGCAUGAGCAGCGCUGCAGCCCUCCACUGCCGCAAGCGCCGCCGCGACGAUGCUCCCGGGGACGCCUCCUCCAUUCGCCGCCGCCUCCUCGCUCCCAGUCCGUUGCCCGCCGUCCGGUCCUUCGGCCUUCGCAUCUCGCUCUCCAGCGCAACUGACCGCCCCUGCAAGCAGUGCCACGACGAGAGCACCUAUUCGGCUCGUCUCUGCCGUUCCCGCCGCCGCCUCAGCACCAGCCCGUUCCCUGCCGUCCGACCUAAUAGCUUCCGCGUCGCGUUAGCCCCCUCCCCUCCCCGCGUCGCCGCCGCCGCCGCAAUCUCCGCGUCGACUGCGCCCGCCACCCCGUCUCCGCUUUCCGCCGCCGCAGCAGCCCUUUUUCCAGAGUUAGGCGAUUCCCUGGCCUUCGCCCCUUCGCCCUCCGAUUCCUCCUCGACGCCGGCGCUUCAGCCCCUCGGCGUCGCCGGAAUCCCGCUGCUGUAAACAUGGGUAACUACAUCUCAAUCCCACGGCUGUGUGGGAAGACGACCAGCGACGGUGGCUUGGAGGUGCACAGGGAGCGGCUCGAGGGGUCGCCGGAAGUAGUGGAUCUCACGUUGGAACCCGACAUUGAACCGGAGAAGCUCGAUGUCGGGAGGAGGGAAAUUGACGAUAGCGUCCCUGCAUUGGAUUUGCCGCUGCCGCUGGAGAAGAUGGCGCCGUUCCACAAUGAGGCCCUGGAGUGGACGAAGUGGCGUGAUGGAAGAUUGCAUGAAUCAGGAUUUGAGGAUUCUUCCGAAUUAUUUACACCUCUAACCGAUAAAGAUGAAAGAGAAGUUAACACUCUUCUCUAUGGUAGUGGUCAUAGUAAUGAAAUCAUAGUGAUGCAUGUUCCUUCUGACACUGAGAUUACUAAAGAGAAACUUGAAUGCUUGAAACCUCGUUGUUGGUUAAAUGACGAGAUCAUCAAUUUGUAUAUUGAAUUGCUGAAGGAGAGGGCAGAAAGGGAGCCCAAAAGGUUUUUGAAAUGCCAUUUCUUCAAUACAUUCUUUUUUCAAGAAGCUUACUUGCGGAAUAGCUGGUUAUGACUACCAGUCUGUCAGAAGAUGGACAACCUUCAAAAAGUUGGGUUAUGGACUUGCUGAGUGUGAAAAAAUCUUUAUUCCAGUACAUAGAGAUGUACAUUGGUGCCUGGCAAUUAUAAAC